UCUGAUUGGCUGCUCGUUCCGGUCUGUGAUUGGCUGUCAGCAGCUGAAACUUUCUCACUAACUUAGUUCGGAUGAGGUUCGGCUGCAGCAACAUGGACCGGAGGAUGCUGCGGGCUCCAGCCGGAACCAGGACUGUGUCUGCGGAUCUGGACCUAUAGACUCAGGUGACCCACGCACGGCUCGAGCAGACGUGAGAUGGUUCCGACCUGCCUCCGAACCUGGGAUGACGUAACCUGAAGCGGGUUCUGACGCCGGGAUGAGGGAGCUGGUCUGCCUGGUGGUCCUGCUGUGGGGGUCCGGUCUGAGCAGCAGAACCUGUCCGGACCUGGUGGUGGAGAGCUGCCACUGCUCGGCUGACAGGUCCAAAGACCUGAGCAGGCAGCCCGUCCGGGUCCGGGUCCGGGUCCUGUGUGAGGAUGUGGACCUGAUGGACACCCUGCCGCCCAGGUUCCUGCCCAACAGAACCGUGUCCCUAAACCUGAGCAACAACAAGAUCUCUCUGCUGAGGAACGGCUCCUUCUACGGCCUGACUGCUCUGGAGAAGCU